CCCCAAAACCCUACCAGCAUGAAACAACAAGAUGACUGGGUGCGAAAUAUGUGGUCUAAACAUAUUGUGGACGAUAUCAAGAAUAAGUCUUCCGCUACGAUACAGCUUCGAUCCACCCACGGUGCAGUGCAAUCUGUCAACAAAGAACUACUAUGCUACUUCUCUCCUUACUACGCUGCAGCUUUGAAAGGCGGCUUCGCCGAAACCAGUCAGCAGAUCUUCCACGUCGAACUCUCCAGCAAGCAACUCCAUGUCUUUAAAAACUGGAUCCACACCGGGCGACUCGACCUUCACAGCUGGGAACGAGAGGAUCGUGUCAAGCUCUACAUAUUCGCAGACCUGGUGGACAUUCUGGCUCUCCGUCGUCAGAUCAUGACUGAAAAGGGAAGAAUGGAGAGAUAUCGCGAAGUGGGCUUGGUGUUUUUGCAUCUUCCAAGCAGUUCGUCGUUACGCAGACGCAUUGUCGAUUACUAUGCAAAUCACUGGAAGCCUGAGGACGAUAGAUAUGACUCUAUCGGUGCUUUGGAUAUCACGGUCCACCGCGAGUUCUUCCGUGAGGUUGUGGAAAGCGAAAAUCGAGCAAAGGCCAACAGACAUUCGGGUUGUUCUUGUUGCACCAAUGUGUGCCACUUCCAUGAGCAUGAAUCUGAGCAAGAGUGGUUUGCGACUUGCGGUCAGCUUCCAAAGUCACGAAAACCCGAGAGACAGUAUUUCACCAAGAGUGGUACUUGA